ACAGCACCGGGGACUACAACAGAGUCAGCCACUGGACGGCGGGCUCCACCACCACCACCACCACCGCUAAUAUCGCUGAUAACUCUGAAUCUGCUACCUAAACUCAGCCCGACUGCAGCCAUACUGUCUCCCCGCCAGGUUCCAUCGCCUACACUCCCGGCGAGGUCGUGGGAUCCCAGACGAAGGAGGUUUAGCCGGUCGGGCAGGGGGGGUUUCUCCCACUCUUGUUCCCUCUCCCCGCACCCAGCUCAGCAUGCCCCAGCCCCUGAGCACCUCCACAGCUCUCCCAGCUCCACUACCAUGUGUAGAUGGACAGUGACACAAGGUGCACCGGUCGCCUGGUUCUCCUCCUUCCCCCCGCGCAGACCUCCCUCGUUCCUCCCCUCCUUCACGUUGCUGCUCCUGCUGCUCCUGCUCGGACCGUCCUCGUCCUCGCCGCUGUCCGCUUCGCCCGCAGACCCAGGGAGGAGGCAGGAUGCGCCCGGGGAGGCUUCUCCCCACUCCCCCGUCUCACCUCCGUCACCUUCCUCAUCACCCGCGUCGCCCCGCGCAUCCUCCGCGAGGUUGCCACGGGCGACCAACGUGUCGUCGUCGUCGUCGUCGUCCGCGGCGGUCGUCGGCCGUCACGUGCGGAGCAGCUACAAACAUCUACAGGGAGACGUGCGCAGGAGGAAACUGUUCUCCUACCAGAAAUUCUUCCUCCGCAUCGACGGGGAGGGGAAGGUCAACGGCACCAAAAGCGAAGACGAUCCAUACAUUAUUCUGGAGAUCAAAUCAGUGGAUGUGGGAGUGGUGGCCAUCAGGGGCCUCAGCAGUAACCACUACCUGGCAAUCAGCAAGAAAGGAGAUCUAUACGGAGCGGAGAAGUUUGGUCCUGACUGCCGUCUAAUCGAACGCAUCGAGGAGAACAAGUACAACACCUACGCUUCGGCCGAGUGGCGCAACAAGAAGAGGCACAUGUUUGUUGGGCUGAACACCAACGGGAAGCCGAUGAAGGGAAAGAAGACGCGGAGGAAAAACACAGCCACUCACUUCCUGCCCCUUGUGGUGCAGCCGCGGUGACUCGACGCGUCGGCCGAGGGAGACGCUCCGCAGAGCGCGGGGCGCCGGACAUAUUUGGAGUUACAGCGACGGAGCUACAUUGGACAGAUCUGAACCCGAUCUGUAUGAUGCACUGAGGAGGAAAAGGAAGGAAACCCAUAGACAUUUUGAUCUCUGUUGGAAAAAAAGACAUUUUUAUUUUUAAAGAAAGAAAUAAGAUAUAUCGGUAUACAAUGUAUAUAUUAUUUUCAGUUUUAAGUUAUAAAGUACACUGGCACAGUAAAAGAAUAUGGAAAGAGAUGACUUCUGUGCCAAAAUGUGAUUUAGUAACUCACAUUUCUAGAUUUGUGUAGAUGUGAAGUGCGUGAUUGAGGGGAACCAAAAUGACCAAGGACAACCGAUCAGAAAACAGAGGAAAGUAGAGGAAGUAUUAUCAUACCCCGACUGAUACAGGAAGAGGAGAAGGGCAGUAAAGAAACAGUUUGCAGAGAGUUGAGAAAGCACCGACACAGCAGCAAGUCUAACACUAUCAUGUUUUUUUUUCCUUUGAAUUUAUUUAUUUUGUGUAAUAUUUAACAUAAAAAUGAACAAAAACACAAAAAAAGACAAGUUCUUGUCUUUUUUUUUUUUUUUUUUACCAUUUACGCUUCUCUUUUUGAAUACUAAUCAUUUAAGCCUGAAUAAAUAUAAAGAAUAUAUUUGUCUUUAA